AAAAGGAGAUAAAAAUUCUUUAUAAUUCUCUUAUCUAAAUUUAUCUUAUCUUUGAAGAAUUUUUUUUUUAUCACCAACAAUACAAUACCUUAUUCUAAUAUCGAGGUUUCAUUUUGCGUAAUAUAUUACGAUAUAACAAAUCAUGUACAGUUUGGCAGAGAAAAUUGUUUUUAUAACUGGGGGAUCAGUCGGGAUCGGUGCCAAAGUAGUGGAGUAUUUAUUAGAAGAAAAUGUUAAGCAUGUAACCAAUGUGGACGUUGACGAGGUAAAAGGAGUCGCAUUACAAAAUGAAUUGAAUAAGAAGUAUGGAGCGAAUAAGGUUACAUUUAUAAAGGGAGAUGUAACUAACGACGACGUUUUAUCUAAGGUUUAUGAUACUAUACUCAAGGAACAGGGACAAAUUGACGUUGUUAUAAAUAAUGCCGGAAUUAUGAAUGACAGUCUGGAAAAGUACAAAAAAUCAAUUGAAGUCAAUGUGACAGCAGUAGUCACAAAUACGCUAAAGGCAUUGAAAGUAAUGCGAAAAGAUGAGGGCGGAAAAGGAGGAGUUGUGAUAAACGUGUCAUCUAUUGCUGCUUUGUAUCAAGAAAGUACCUUUCCAAUUUACUUUGCUACAAAGAGUGCUGUGUUACAGUUUAGUAAUUGUAUUGGGCUGCCUGACUAUUACAACAGAACCGGUGUACGCGUGCUAACUAUUUGCUUUGGGGCCACUGACACUACGCUUCUAAGCAAAGACAAGUUUGGAAGUUUUGAUGAACAUAUCAUCAAAAAAGUACAAGAAAACUUAAAUAGUUACAAAUGGCAAAAGGUCGAAUCAGCGGCACGUGCGGUUAUAGACUCCUUGAAGCAGGGUGAAAGUGGAAGUACGUGGCUUGCAAUCGCCGAUAGACCCGCUAAAGAUAUCACUGAACACGUCAAGAAAGCGUACGGUAUACUGCGAGAACUUGUGUUUACAUAAAGCAUAAAACUAUGAACAGGGAGAUUUUAUAGAUUAUUCAUUUGAUUCAGAAGAGUGUAAAAACGCCUACAAAAAAAAAUAUGUAAUUUUGAUCGAAUCUGUGUUUUAGGUAUGUUUAGCACACUUUGCGUGCAAUAAAUUUAUUAAUUGAUA